AGCACACCAUCCUGCUCCCCUGUAUUAUCCCCAGAAAUAUUCCCCGGCCACAGCAGCGAGCUCGUCUCACGUUGAGAAUAAGAUUCGCCUUAUUAUAGUACCGAGUAUCAUCUUCUGCUUCCGUCACACUCGGAAACGUUUGUCCACGAGUACCCUUGUGCCAGUACGAGUCCUCGUACGAGUAUCGAGUCUGUCAACGACGAGUGGUAUAUGCUCCCGAAGAACAGCGGGACUCGUCAGCACCCUAGCAUUGCUUGCAUUGAGAGCGUCGAGGGAAUCAACUGAGCGUGCCGCGAAGCGCCGCAUCUGGCUCGCUCGGGCUUAGCCAUUUCCUAUCACCAGCACUCACCGCCCUCCCCUUCCAGCGCCCUCACCCAUCCCCGAGCACUCGUCACCAUUGAUCCUUAUACGCACUCCGCUUACUCUGCUGCCGUAGAGUCGCAGAGCGACGCGACUCGCUCCAUUUCUCGGUCUGUACAGCCUUCAUCCCCUCCACAUUCUCUCAGUUCUGCUCAUACGAGUGACUGCCCUUCUUCACCCAUACCUCCUUCUGCAACUGCGACUACCGACCCGAACGCAUAUCUGGCGCCUAUUAGCCCGAGCAUCUCUGGCCUUACAGACACAGUCGGAAACAGCCACACCGCACAUUCGACGUCACAGCGCAGGUCCCGCGCCGAAUUCGAGCCAGAGAACGAGCAACCGGCUUACUCGGAAAGCAUCCCUGUUCCGAACACCGCUUCCUCAUCGUCAAUCCCAGAAAGCUCGGCAGGAGGAGAGCAGCACAUACGAAAGAAAUUGAGGCUCGAGGACAAUACGUCUACCCGCCCUUACCUCUACAACCUUACACACCCUUCCUUACGGUCACCAAAGUCACCGACAGCAAUGAGACUUGUUGAGAGUGACAAUAAUAUCGAAAGUAAUUCGGCGAUGCGCGACUCAGAUCCUCAACUGACCCACCCUGGAGCUCGUGGCCCGUUUUCACCAGACGGACUCACCGUACUUUCCACCAGCCAGGUCAUGGGAAAUGGGAACACAUAUAGUAUGUCAAAUGGCAGUGGACCAGCCGUACGUGAUGUGGCGUCGCCCGUUGCGAAUGGACGAAAGCAUUCGACACCGCCAGAUUCGGUUCGAGGUAUCACGCACGUUGUGCCUCGAGUAAAUCUACCAGGCACACGAUUAUUUGAAGACUCUUGUAUUGACAGAGAAGAGUUCGUGAGACUGCUGAUUCAGAGCCUAAGAGACGUUGGAUACCUAGAAUCCGCCACCACUUUGGAGAUGGAGUCCGGCUACCAGAUGGAAGCACCUGGUGUUAGCCAAUUCCGAUCAUACGUUCUUUCAGGGAAGUGGACGGAGGCCGAAAGUUGUUUAAGUACUCUAGGGGUAACCGACGAGGAGAGUUUACGCAUUACUCGAUUUCUCAUUAGCCAGCAGAAAUAUCUAGAACUACUUGAAGUGCAGAAUGUGAAUACUGCACUCCAUGUUCUGAGAAACGAGCUAGCUCCCCUGAAUGUCGACGUUGAUGAGCUACAUUCCUUAUCAAGUCUGAUAAUGUGUUCGAAUGCGGAUGACCUACGACACCGUGCCAAAUGGGACGGCGCGUCAGGUACUUCAAGACGGGUGCUCCUAUCUAACUUACAACGAUUUAUUUCUCCCUCCACAAUGAUGCCCCAGCGGCGAUUCACAACCCUGAUAGAGCAAGCAUUUACUCAUCAACGGACGAACUGUUUAUAUCACAAUACUCCCUAUACUCCGGAAGCGUUCUCUCUUUACACUGAUCAUGCCUGCAGCAGGGAGGAAUUCCCAUUGCUUACCACAAACAUUUUGAAGGAGCACGCAGACGAGGUCUGGAAUAUCAAGUGGAGCCACGACGGCCAAUACCUUGCCAGUGCAAGUAAGGAUAAAUGCGCCUUCAUCUGGCUGAUUGGUAAGGAAGUUGAUCCAGUGAAUAAGCCCAACGUACGGGAGUGUUCUCUAGAAAGGAGAUUUCGAGAUCACAUGGACCCAGUUGGAUGUCUCGCCUGGUCCCCAAACGAUGCACUUCUCUUGACGAGUACGGAUAGCAGUAUCAAAGUCUGGAGCGCCAAGACCGGUAUAUGCCUCCAAGACUGUACUUACCAUGAGGAGACUGUUUCAGCGCUGGAAUGGCUUCCAGAUGGAUCGGGUUUUCUGUCAGCAGGUUUGGAUCGCAAGAUCAUCCUUUGGAACGCGGACGGCGAACGUAAAGAAGAAUGGACAAAGACGACUGUUAGGGUGACAGAUCUUGCGAUUGCGCCCGACUUGUCUAGGCUGGUCAUCGUUGGACUUGAAUGCCUUCCCUUACCGAACGCGAAGGCUUCCACACCACAACAAGACAGCCAGACGCCAAGCUCGGGUCCUCAACAGCCUCUUAUAUCGAGCACAAGGGAGAAUCGUUUAAUUAUCUACGAUUACGCGUCUAGAACACAGGAAGUAUCCAUUCGCUUGGAAGGCGAGCUCACGAGCGUGAAAAUCUCCCAGGACUCGCGAUACGCGCUGAUCAAUCACGCACCAGAUGAGGUACAACUGUGGGACCUGGACGCGGCAAGAUUAGCUCGCAAGUUCACUGGCCAGCACCAAGGGCAGCAUGUAAUUCGAAGCUGCUUCGGGGGAGUGGAUGGGAAUUUUAUCGUUAGUGGUAGCGAAGACGGGAAUGUGUACAUCUGGCACAGGGAUACAGGUGCGCUUCUGGAAGUACUCUCCGGGCAUGGCUCUGGGAGCGUAAAUGCUGUCGCAUGGAAUCCAACGAACGAGCGGAUGUUUGCGUCUUGCUCGGAUGACGGGACAAUCAGAAUAUGGGAGAGCCCCCACGUGUCAUUGCUGACUGGGGACUCCCACCGAUUACAAGCACCACAAGGAAGUGAACGGAACAACUGGAAAGGAAAGGGACGAGACGCUUCAGGAUUACCUACAUCUUCUAGCUUAAGUCCCGGUGUAACUGUCUAAAGGCAGCCUGUGAGACUGUCUUGAUGACUUUCGCUCUUUACUUUCUUUCUUUAUUCACUCACGUGGAUUUCCAACUCAUUUGUUCCAUCCUCUUGCAUGUCAUCAUCACGUCCGGGCUUCUUGCAUUAAUCCCUAGCAUUUGUUACGACCACAUUCGUUAAUUGCAUAUCCACGACACAUCCCGCUUCCGCUUUCCCAGUUUUCAGAGGUUCCUUCAAAUCCAGUUUCCAAUCAACAUUGUCAAAUACUGUUUGAUCCUUAGAUCGGUUUGAUAUCCUGUAAUAUUUAGCAAUACAUCGUGUCAUUAAC